AUGAAUAAAUUAAUUCUUUUCUGCCUACUUCUUGUUUAUUACGAGGCAAAGGCGCAAGCACCCACGGGGCCUAUAGCCGGUUUCAUCCGAACUAAUUUUAUAGGUCAUCCUGUUAUCCAUGACAGGGUAUCUUGGGUCUUCGAUCCUGACGUAGCUUUGAAGAGAAGAAGACAGUUCAUAGAAUUGCAUGGAGACAAAGGUGAAAAGUUAAUAGAGAGGUUAGGUCUUGGAAUCGAUGGAGAUGAUCAAGAGAGACUAGAGAAGCAGAGACAGAGGGAUGAAGGGCAUUUGGGAGGUUUAAAUGCUUACCUUCCUUAG